AUGCCCUCACAUCACCGAUACAACUACAUUUUCGCCAAUACGCCAAGUUUCUCUCAUCCGUAUUUACAUAAAAUCGUAUAUAACCCUGCUGGACUGUUAGCACCACCAGGUAUAAUACCGGGAUUGAGGAAUGAACCAUGGAUGGGAACUUUCAAGAUACCUAAUUUAACUCCACCAAAUUAUAAAUCGCACCAUACUCAUGAUGGGAUCCAACAGGUCUUGAUUUCCCCUGCUGUAUUGAUGUUACAUAUUUUUUCGACGUCUACGAGCGGCUCGAGGAGACGUAGGAACCUUAUAAGACAGCUAAAUCUCAUGGAAACUGUUCCGGAAGAGUAUAGACACUUGAUCGAGAUUAAGUUCGUGAUGGGUAAUAAAAUUGAGAGCGCACAAGAGGAAGAAGAGAUCCGGAAGGAGAUGAAAGUGUACGGGGAUGUGAUUAGGUUGAAGUUGUUGGAAGGGAUGGAAAAUAUGAACAAUGGGAAGUCAUGGGAGUGGUUGAGGUAUGUGGGGAGACAGGGCGGUAGGAAGGCUUGGUGGGUCAUGAAAUGCGAUGAUGAUACUCUGCCUAUCUUGCCCAACUUAAUUCCAACUCUGUUAUCCCUCAAUCCCAACGAACCAGAAUAUGUGGGCUCGGCAUUUGGUAGAUGGACAGGCUACCAAUAUUACUUCCAAGGGAUGAUGUAUGGGUUCUCGUGGGGCGUGGUGAAGACAAUGGCUGUGGCCGAUGUUCCAGCGUCAACAAGGAACUCGCAGUGGGAUGAAGAUGCCAGAAUGGGUAGUCUGAUGUUCUCCCUACCUCUCUCGCCUACCGCCAACCUAAAUUCCACCUACUGUUCACCGCCUCCCGGCCCCAAUAUUAUCUACUCUCUGCCACCCCCUGUUCCCGACCCAUGUACCGGUCUAAUGCGAUACGACAUGGGUUCGAAGAUCGGUCAGUGGCAGGGACGCCUAAUCGAUGAUGCGACGUCAGCUCUGGCAUGGCAUGAAUUGAAAAGUGAUGAGGCUUAUGUCAAUGCUUAUGCCCAAGCUAAAGAACAAAUUGUGAAGUCAGGAAGAGAAUAUAAAUGGGUCGUCCCUGAUACAUUCGCCCCGGUUGCUGAGGUGUAG